AUGUCGCAGCAAACCGGCACCGGCCAGAACAUACCAUUGAUCCGCCCGGAACAGAUCCCCGGACUGCCUUAUAUCUCAGAAGAGACCAAGCAGCAAUACAAACAUGGGCUUGCGAAUCUUUGGCGUCUUUAUGAGGGUAGUCAAGCGGGAACCAAGGAACAUACGGAUGCGCUUGACAAGAUCAGGACAGCCAGCACCAAACUCAUGAGCAUGAUGACGGUCGGCAAGAGUGGAAAUGGCAACAACAGGCCCGGAUCUGGAGGAGGACAGCAACGACCAGGUUCUCAACAGAUGACUGCCCAGCAGCAGCAGCAACAGCAGCAGCAGGGCAUUGUACCGCAAUUGGCCGCAGCUCAGGGACAGCAGCAGCAGGGCCAGCGAGGACCACAACAGCAGCAGGGACAGCAAGGUCAGCGGCCGGGAGGACAGCCAGGACAGGGUCAACAAGCGUGGACGCCCAAGCAGCAACACGAGCUGGAUUCGAUCAGCCUCGUGCAGCCUGCGAACAUGUCGAACACGCAGUGGGACUCGUACAAGGGACAGCUGCAGGCUGGGCUGCGCGACGCCAUUCAGAAGCGCGAUCUGCAUGUCCAGCGAUAUAACAUGUUUCAAUCACAGGUCCGCAGCUUCGAAAAUUCAGGUAGGGCGAUUUCAGACAAAGCGCACCUGCAAGUGGCCGAAUGCCGGAAGACGGCCGAGGCGGCAGCGAACAACUUCAGACUUUUGAAGAUCAAAGCCAGUGGAGGUGAUUCUAAUCAAGCCAAUCAAGCCAUGGCGCAAGCGCAAGCACAAGCCCAGGCUCAGCAGCAGCAGCAGCAGCGCGCGAAUGCUCAGCAGGGCCAGGCGGCUCAACAUCAGCAACAGCAGCAGCCCGACGCAAAGCCGGCAAAUCUUCAGGGCGGGCGCAAUUCGCUCUCUCCUCAACAGUUCCAGAACGGAUUCCAGCAGCAAGCGCCGAAUCAGCAAAGCGCGCCUGGACAAAUGGCUCAGCAGAAUAUGCAACAGGCGCCGGUUGCGCCGCAACAAACUUCCCCACAAUCAGCUUCGCAACCUCAGUUCCAACAGAGCCUCGCGCAGCAACAACAUCCCAAUCAACAGCCUCGUCCACCACAGAUCAACACCCAGCAGAUUCAGCCGCAGCAUCAGCAGCAGCAAGGUACCCCCGGGUCCGCAUUACCUCCUAGUGGCACACCGCAGAACCCACAGCGCCCACAACCGCUUUCGCACUCGGCUGCCAUGUCACAAGCGGCCGAAAAUUAUAAUCGCUCGCAGCAGCAAACUCAGCAACAGCAGCAGCAGCAGCAGCAGCAACAGCAGCAACAGCAGCAGCAGCAGCAGCAGCAGCAGCAGCAGCAACAGCAGCAGCCUGCGCAGGUUCCUCAAGCUGUGCCUCCGUUCAAUGGAAAUCAGGGGCCAGGCCAGCACCAAUCCAAGGACCAAGCAUCAUACCCAAACCUUCAAAACACAACCAACUCAAGUACGAACCCCAACUCAAAGUUUCCAAUCCCGAAAAUGUUAUCCAUCGACCCGCGCAGUCAAGUUCCCGUGGCUGGCCCUGCAUCGCGCCCAUCUAUGUACAGCGCUGGCAUGAUGAACCAACCCGCGCUACAACGUGCCCCUCCGUACACCCUUGAGGGCGAAGGUGACCGCGUCCUCAGCAAGCGCAAGUUGGACGAGCUCGUGCGUCAAGUCACAGGCUCGGCACCUUCAUCAGACAACAGUGAAUCGUCGUCUGUGCUGGCGCCCGAUGUCGAGGAGUCCAUCAUGGAAGUCGCCGACAACUUCGUGGAUGACGUCAUAACUUCGGCGUGUCGUCUCGCGAAGCUCCGCCCAACCCAAACUCUGGAUCUUCGCGACGUUCAGAUGGUACUGGAGCGCAACUACGGCAUUCGCAUUCCGGGCUACGGACUGGACGAGACGCGCACCGUGCGGAAGUUCAACCCUGCACCGGGUUGGCAGAGCAAGAUGCAAGCCGUGCAGGCUGGGAAGGUUAUGGGCAAUCGGGACUCUUAG